AUGAAUGCGACCAGGAGGUUACGCACAUGUUCACAUCAAUAUAGGGAAAAAAAGGGGGCAACAAAAUUCCAACAUUUUGCCUCUAAUAAUCGUUUUAAAAUCAUUUUUUCAGUCCUUCUUCUGCUUCUCCUUCUGAACGCCCAAACUAACAGAAGCAGCGAAACAGAAAAAUCUCAACCAAGCCAUGCAAGUAGACGAAAAUUAAGAGCGUUCAUCCCAAUCUUAAAAAGAUGCUUCACAAAGGAUAGAAAUGCAGUAGAUAAGACCCAGAAAAAAGUUAAACAAAAAACGAAAGAGAAAGAACCAAAAGUUAUUCCAGGAAAUUCCACCCCGUUGAAGGAAGAUCUGAAGAAAGAAAUAUGGGACACCAUUGAUGCAUCAGGACCAGGUAUGACGCAAGAACAGAUGAUGCAAUUGUACUUCGCAUUAAAUAAUUAUCUGAGAAGGAAAUUUUUUAUUAUGGUUGAUGAGCUGUGGGUUUUCACUCUGUCAUUUGCAAAAGAAAAUAAUAUAAGAGAUGAAUAUAGAUCCAAAUACUGGUGGCAGUGUAGUGACAUCCUGAUGAGCAAUUUGAUGAAAAUGCAUGCAAACGAUUUAGACGACUUUGCCAACUUUCUAAAGAAAGAAUCUAAUUCUAUUGAUGAAUUUAAGAAAUAUAUGGCGGAUAAAAUAGACAGGUGGGAGAACUUCACAUUGGAAAAGAAAAAAAUGUGGAUGCCUAUUUUACACAAUCAGUUGAAAAACUACUGGUCGCAAUGA